GUAUCAUUGGAUGUAGGAUAUCCUUUAUUAAACCACAGAUUAAAUUCAAUAAAACACUUCAUUAUAACUAGCAAGUGCCAUUCAGUCGUGAUGGUUAUGUGAUAGUGGCAGUGCAGAUUCAGGCUUAGCCUUCCGACUUACUAAUACUAAUUGUGUUUGUCGAACAAUCAAGUGUGCUUCGGAAUACGUACUCGGUAGUUGUUAGUCGGUAUACGUUGAACUGCUCUCUGCUGCAGGAGACACAAUUGACCCUUCAAGAAACAAAUCGCGGUACGGUGAAGUGAAUUUGUGAUUGUGCUUUCGGGAUUUUCAGUGACUUACAAACUGCAUGUGUGCUGGUGAAGGAUGGCUAAAAUUUUCAUGUAAAGUUGUCAUGAGCUGACGCUGGCAGAACGUCCUUUGUCAAGAUGACUGAGAGGGGCCAAGAAAUGCACCAGGAAUUCGACGAGAACACCCUGAAGCUUAACCGUCACGAAGACAUCGAACUGCCGACGUUAAGCAACGUGCCAAACUUAGUGAACCAAAUUUCGUACUCAAAGAACGCCCACUUGCCCGAAAGAGGGACAUGGGGAAGCAAGCUAGACUUUAUUUUAUCUGUAGUGGGUUUAGCCAUAGGUUUAGGUAACGUCUGGCGGUUCCCGUAUUUGUGUUACAAGAAUGGAGGAGGAGCGUUCCUGGUACCGUAUUUCAUCACCCUCAUCUUGGCAGGCAUCCCAAUGUUUUUCAUGGAACUCGCGCUAGGCCAAAUGCUCACCAUUGGAGGAUUAGGAGUCUUCCAGAUAGCACCUAUAUUCAAAGGAAUUGGAUAUGCAGCUGCAGUAAUGUCGUGUUGGAUGAACAUCUACUACAUCGUGAUAUUAGCUUGGGCUAUAUUCUACUUUUUCAUGUCCCUACGAUCAGAUGUUCCGUGGAGAACUUGCAACAACUAUUGGAACACGAUAUACUGUGUCAAUCCAUACGACAGAAGAGGAUUGACCUGUUGGGAGAAAUUCAACCCGAACAAUACUUUCACGAAAAUAUGCCAAGUCAAUCAGCAUAACAUUUCUGUCAACGAUCUGACGGAUCCUGUAAAGGAAUUCUGGGAACGACGAGCUUUGCAAAUAUCAGAAGGUAUAGAGCACGUGGGCUCUAUCCGAUGGGAGCUGGCAGGGACUUUGCUUUUUGUAUGGAUAAUUUGCUACUUCUGCAUUUGGAAAGGGGUGAAAUGGACAGGCAAAGUUGUGUACUUUACGGCACUUUUCCCGUACGUUCUGCUGAGCGUUUUACUGAUUCGAGGCAUCACUCUGCCAGGAGCCAUGGAAGGAAUCAAGUUCUACGUCAUGCCAAACCUUUCUAAGUUGAAGGAGUCAGAAGUAUGGAUUGACGCUGUCACGCAGAUAUUCUUCUCGUAUGGCUUAGGACUUGGGACGCUGGUAGCCCUUGGUAGCUACAAUAAGUUCACCAAUAACGUUUACAAGGACGCUUUGAUUGUAUGCUCAGUGAACUCAAGUACAAGUAUGUUUGCUGGUUUCGUGAUCUUCUCUGUCGUUGGAUUCAUGGCACAUGAACAACAGAGACCCGUCGCUGACGUAGCUGCUUCAGGUCCUGGUCUAGCGUUCCUGGCGUACCCUUCAGCAGUAUUGCAGCUUCCCGGUUCUCCGCUGUGGGCUUGUCUAUUUUUCUUCAUGAUACUUUUAAUCGGUCUAGAUUCACAAUUUUGUACGAUGGAAGGAUUUGUUACAGCCAUCGUCGACGAAUGGCCCGCGUUACUGCGUAAACGGAAAGAAAUCUUCAUUGCCAUUGUUUGUGCGUUGUCGUAUUUAGUGGGUCUAUCCUGUAUAUCACAGGUAAGGUUCAACUCUGGUGGAAUGUACGUCUUCCAAAUACUGGACUCUUAUGCCGUGAGCGGAUUUUGCCUACUGUUUUUGAUAUUCUUCGAAUGCAUUUCAAUAUCCUGGGCCUUUGGAGUGAACAGAUUCUAUGAUGGUAUCAAGGAAAUGAUUGGAUACUAUCCAACCAGUUGGUGGAAGUUUUGUUGGGUGAUUGCUACUCCUUUCAUCUGUGUGAGCGUAUUUGUAUUCAAUCUGGUACAGUGGGCCCCAGUAAAAUACUUAAAUUACGAAUUUCCACUAUGGGCACAUUUGUUUGGAUGGUUGACGGCACUUACGUCCAUGCUGUGUAUCCCCGGAUACAUGGCUUGGAUUUGGAUAAAAACUCCAGGCGAUUUUCAAACGAAACUGCAUAAACUUGUGAUAAUAGAAGAUGACGUCCAAUCUCUGAGAGAAAAGAUGCACCAACAGACCAUUAGUUCAAGUGCGUAGUUUGGAAUCCGUGUUCAUUUCGUAAUUAUCAUAUUUAACAAUCUUUUUUAUGAUUUAAUUAAGUAUUAGCGUAGAGUACAAGUCGAGAGUGGGUCAAACCUGAAUUUGUACAUUAACAUUCAUAAGUUUUAUAGCAUUUAUCAUUUAAUUUAUCAAUUGUGUGCGUCCGCAUGUGUUUAAUGUAAUAAUAUUUGACUGCACCCGUACAAAAAAGCAAAAAUAUGAGUACAAGUAUUUUGAGCUUUUUGGGUUAUAUUUUUGAUGUUUUAGUUUAUAAUUCUAUGGUUUAUCUAUUUACGUAAAACAAGUUUUUAAAAUCAGAAUUGAUAGUAUUUUCAUCAAUUUUCAUAUCCCGAGAUGUGGUGUCACCCAUAUAAACACACAACGUUUACCGUAUUGAGAAAUAGCUGUGACUUGCAUCAUAGUCUAAUCAUAUUAGACAAAAAAAAACGCUGGUCUGAAAAAUAAUUGUAAAGUCUGGUUUUACUGGUGCAAGUUGUUCAAGAGGGUAUUUGAAACAAUGACGCAUAAAAUGGGUACACCAAGUUUGGUGGGAAAACUUUUUAUUCAGCAACAAAGAAUAAGAAAACGUGUUUUUUGGGAUUCAAUCGAAAGUGUUGGCAAGAACGAAAAAAUUCUUCAUAGUAGAUUUUUAGCUAUUUAUGAGACCUAAAUAUUCAUAUUUCUAAAUAACCACAACCAAAUUGGAGUAGAUCAGCCAAGUAGUUUUUGAGAAUUUCUAAUUGCUUAUCCCAAAACACAUUUUAUAGCAAAAUACACGAGUUUACCUUACCGAUAUGAAUCGCAAACCAUUCAGGAAGAUAAAUGUUAUUUUUAUGCAAAAAAGAAUGGGUUACGUUUUUUCUUCUAAACAAAUUCAAACAUUCCGUAUUUGUGAGUAAUUUGGAAUAAACGCUCCGCUGGUUUUUAAAAUGUGUAGUAACGUAUGUUUUUUAAAUAUCGUAGCGCAUUUGUUCAAUUAUUCACAAAAUACGAAAUGUUUGAAUUUGUUUAGAAGAAAAAAACGUUAGAUUAGUUCUGUUGCAAUGGGUGUUUAUAAUGUUGCCAGAUGUCAAUGUUUGCUUGUAUUGUAAUAUUUUGUACAUAUUGUAUAAUUCCUCAUACUACAAGCAAUGAAAACAAGAGGUCUUACACACGUUAAUUCUUGAUUACUUAGGAAUGAGAGCUGCGACCCAAACAAAUUUGGGUGGAAUUCUCUGAUACAGGAAUUUUUACCGCAUUCUGAACCACGCAUUCUAAAUUAACAAAGAAUUUACGUGUGUUCGGAUCUAAAUGUAAAAUCUCUAGACCAACAAAAAAAUGUACAUAUCAAUACUUAAAAUAUGUAACGUCUAGCAUGUAUUUUAUUUAAGUGUGUGUAUCUCAAAGAACUUACAAUUCUUGUAAAGUAAUAUGGAGUAUGUUAAUAAAUCAG